CCUUGCAGAAGGAGAAUCGCGCAUUUGCUGCUCCGUGCGGAGAGGUGUGGAACGUUUGGGCGGCGUGGUCCAGCAGCUCCCGGGGAGGCGAACGCAUUUGCGCUCUCGCUUCCGAGGCCUAGCGGGCCUUCAGUGGCCGAGAGGUUAGGCGUUUCAGUGGGGUGAGAGCUCGCGGCCAGCCGCGCAGCGCCGUGACCCGGCCUCACCAUGCUGGUCUUAUUUGAGACGUCCGUUGGCUACGCCAUCUUUAAGGUUCUGAAUGAGAAGAAACUUCAAGAGGUUGAUAGUUUGUGGAAAGAAUUUGAAACGCCAGAAAAAGCGAAUAAAAUAGUAAAGCUAAAACAUUUUGAAAAAUUUCAGGAUACAGCGGAAGCAUUAGCAGCAUUUACAGCUCUGAUGGAGGGCAAAAUCAAUAAGCAGCUGAAGAAAGUUCUGAAGAAAAUAGUAAAAGAAGCCCAUGAACCUCUGGCUGUGGCUGACGCUAAACUAGGAGGGGUGAUAAAGGAAAAGUUGAAUCUCAGCUGUAUCCAUAGUCCUGUUGUUAAUGAACUUAUGAGAGGAAUUCGAUCACAAAUGGAUGGCUUGAUUCCUGGGGUAGAACCACGUGAGAUGGCAGCCAUGUGUCUUGGAUUGGCCCACAGCCUGUCUCGAUACAGAUUGAAAUUCAGUGCUGAUAAAGUAGAUACAAUGAUUGUUCAGGCAAUUUCCUUAUUAGAUGACUUGGAUAAAGAACUAAACAACUACAUUAUGCGGUGUAGGGAGUGGUAUGGCUGGCACUUCCCUGAGUUGGGGAAAAUUAUUUCAGAUAAUUUGACAUACUGCAAGUGUUUACAGAGAGUUGGUGACAGGAAGAACUAUGCAUCUGCCACUCUUUCUGACUUGCUGUCAGAGGAAAUGGAAGCUGAAGUGAAAGCAGCCGCCGAGAUAUCUAUGGGAACAGAAGUUUCUGAAGAAGAUAUUUGCAACAUUCUACAUCUGUGUACCCAGGUGAUUGAAAUUUCUGAGUAUAGAACUCAGUUGUAUGAAUAUCUGCAAAAUCGAAUGAUGGCCAUCGCACCUAAUGUUACAGUUAUGGUUGGGGAGUUAGUUGGAGCACGGCUCAUUGCUCAUGCAGGUUCUCUUUUGAAUUUGGCCAAGCAUGCAGCUUCUACAGUACAGAUUCUUGGCGCAGAAAAAGCACUUUUCAGGGCCCUUAAAUCUAGACGAGAUACCCCUAAGUAUGGGCUCAUUUAUCAUGCUUCUCUGGUAGGCCAGACAAGUCCCAAACACAAAGGAAAGAUUUCUCGAAUGCUGGCAGCCAAAACUGUUUUGGCUAUCCGAUAUGAUGCUUUUGGUGAAGAUUCCAGUUCUGCAAUGGGAGUUGAGAACAGAGCCAAAUUAGAGGCCAGAUUGAGAAUUUUGGAGGACAGAGGGAUAAGAAAAAUAAGUGGAACAGGAAAGGCAUUAGCAAAAGCAGAAAAGUAUGAACACAAAAGUGAAGUGAAGACAUAUGAUCCCUCUGGUGACUCCACACUUGCAACUUGUUCUAAAAAACGCAAAAUAGAAGAGGUAGAUAAAGAGGAUGAAAUUACUGAAAAGAAAGCAAAAAAGCCCAAGAUUAAAAUUAAAGCUGAGGUAGAAGAGGAGGUGGAGGAGGUAGAGGAGGUGGAGGAGGAAGAAGAACAGGUAGAAGAGGAGCCAUCUGUAAGGAAGAAGAAGAAGAAGGAUAAAAAGAAGCACAUUAAGGAGGAGCCGCUUUCUGACGAAGAGCCAUGCACCAGCACAGCAAUUCCUAGUCCAGAGAAAAAGAAGAAAAAGAAAAAAAAGAAAGAAGCUGAGGACUGAUGGAAAGGAACUGUAAUUCUGUCACCUGGACACAUCAUGCUUAAGAUUCAGUUGGGAGCAUAUCAGAUGCUCUAUAAAAUAAGGGAGGCAAAUCCAACCAUGAUUAUCUAUAGCUUCUCAGUCUGUUUUUUGUGUCUUGUCAUCAAUUGUUAAUCUUAUAGUCUUUGAUACACAAAUAAAUAUAUUUUCUUUGUAUUAUAAGGCAGUUCUGUGAUCUCUUUAUAUUUUAGGUAGAGAAUAUUUAGUUCUUUCUAUGAUUGACUUGGCAUUUAUUAGAUUUUGAUUGUUAUUGUUGAAAAGUGAGUUGUCAAUUAUUGGAAAUUCCAAAAUUAGAAAUAGCCUUUUUAAAGUGGUGCAUAGAUGGGCCAAUUUAAGAUCUUGUGUUUUUUCUUGUCUUCUCGUAUUUUAAAACUGAGCAGAAUGCUGUUACCUGCUCCAGAAAGUAAGAAAAUGGAUGUGAUUUUUAUCAUUCGCUACUUUUGAUGUAUGUGUUUUGAAAUGAGGUCUUGUGCCUACAUUCAAUGUGUAGCCAAGAAUGACUUCACUCCUGGCCUGCAACUCAAAGAGCUCUACCUGCCUCUACCCCUGGAGUGCUGGGAUUAAUAGUCCAUACUACCACCACUUGACCUGUUUUCAGCUUUAAGGAUUGAAAUCAUAUCUACUUAGCACACUAAACAGAAGGGAAGGCAUGGUGUGCUGUUUUGGUCAAUUUUAUGUUUAAAUACCGUAUUUGAAUUUAGUUCUUUGAUUGGUCUUGAAUGAGCUGCAUUUUUAACAUAAUAACAUAAUUAUUAGUUUCAUAUUAGGUCUCAACUGUUUACUCAAGCUAGCCUAGAGUGUUGAGGUAUGCUACCACACUUAACUAUAAAAUCUCAUUAGAUAUGACUGAGGAUGUUGUUCAGUAGGUAUUGUCUAGUAUGCAUGAAGCCACAAUGCUACCACCAACAGGAAAUUCUCCACUCACACCUUCAAGUCUUAAUGUAAGUUUGUUUUUUGGAAUAAACUGUCUCUGCCCCUU